UGAAAAUUGUCAUUGUUACAAAAAUCAGAUGUGGCUAUUUUUCCAAAACUUUACGUUGCUCAUCUUCUCCAACUUCGGUUCGGCUUACAAAAAUUCUCCAUCUGCAGAAAGCUUGAAGAGAGUUGGCUGAAUUCUAUACAGCUCAGGUCUUGAGAUCCAAACCCCUUAAUUCAUAAUGGAAACAGAAAUUGGAGAGGAGGCCGCAAUGUCGACUAUCCUGCCUCUUGCCUCUGCCUCUCAGCAACCUUAUGUCUCUGAACUCCUCUCUUUCACUCUUGAUCGCCUCCACAAGGAACCUGAGCUUCUUCGGGUAGAUGCAGAGCGGAUUCAAAGGCAAAUGCAAGAGGUGGCUGUGGGGAACUACCGAGCAUUUAUAGCUGCAGCAGAUGCAUUGCUUGCAAUUCGAGAGGAAGUGUCUUCUAUUGAUAGGCAUCUCGAAUCUCUGAUAACUGGAUCCCCAAAACUGACCUCAGGUUGUACAGAAUUUAUCGAAUCUGCUGAACAGAUUUUGGAGAAAAGAAAGAUGAACCAAACACUGCUUGCAAAUCACAGUACUUUGCUUGACUUGCUUGAAAUUCCCCAGCUUAUGGACACAUGUGUAAGGAAUGGAAAUUAUGAUGAAGCUCUUGAUUUAGAAGCAUAUGUUUGCAAACUUUCAACUAUGCACCCCAAAUUACCAAUUAUUCAAGCAUUAGCUUCUGAAGUCAGGCAGACAACCCAAUCUCUUCUUUCUCAGCUUCUCCAGAAGCUUCGCUCUAAUAUUCAGUUACCUGAGUGUCUUCGAAUUAUUGGAUAUUUACGUCGAAUUGGGGUAUUCAGUGAAUAUGAAAUGCGUUUGCAGUUUCUAAGAUGCCGAGAGGCGUGGCUUACUGGAAUUCUUGAGGAGCUGGACCAGAAAAACGCUUAUGAGUACUUGAAAGGGAUGAUAAACUGUCAUAGAAUGCAUCUUUUUGAUGUUGUUAAUCAAUAUAGAGCAAUAUUCGCUGACGAUACAUCAGGAAGUGAAGAAAAUUAUGAUGGUGGCCUUCUUUUUAGUUGGGCUAUGCAUCAAAUUACUUCACACCUUAAAACUCUUAAACUCAUGCUCCCAAAGAUAACUGAGGGUGGAUCUCUUUCAAAUAUUCUGGAUCAGUGCAUGUAUUGUGCUAUGGGACUUGGUUGGGUUGGGCUGGAUUUUCGUGGCUUGCUUCCACCACUAUUUGAAGAGGCAGUUCUCAACUUAUUCUCAAAGAAUAUGAGUACAGCAGUUGAAAAUUUUCAGUUAGUUUUGGAUUCACAUCGAUGGGUCCCAUUGCCAGCAGUUGGCUUUCCAGCCUCUAGUGUUGGUGAAGAAUCUCAGGAGGAUGUGACUCCACCAUCUUAUCUAAUGGAGCAUCCACCUCUGGCAGUGUUUGUUAAUGGUGUUUCUGCUGCAAUGAACGAGUUACGCCCCUGUGCCCCGUUGAGUUUAAAAAAUGUGCUUGCUAAGGAAUUAAUUAAGGGGUUGCAGGCUGUAUCUGACUCUCUAAUGAGAUACAGCGCGACUCGGAUGCUUAGAGAAAAUGAAUCUGGACUUUUCCUUGCUCUCUGCCGAGCAUUUAUAGAGGUUGCUUAUCCGCAUUGUGCCACAUGCUUUGGACGCUGUUACCCUGGCGGGGCUGUGCUUAUCAUGGAUGCAAAGAAUUUAUAUGACGGAGUUGGCCGCCUAUUGACGCUGUCUCCGGCAAAGGAACUCCCAAAACCAGUGAUUGGUGGAGAGGGAAACAGCAUACCAGAAAAUGGUAAAGUCUCGGCAGAGGAAAAUGGAGUUGUGUCUGAUGUCAACGAAAUCGAAAGUAGCAGUGAGGACCAGAAGGAGCAGAAAAGUCCUGUGAAGACGGAGGAAUCCAAGGAAGAGUGAAAAAAGGUCUGCCAAUGAGCAACGGAUCUUGUAAGAGUUUUCUGAUUUUUAGCUUUAGCAGAAAUGGCGGCAACACAUAAUUUUGAUAUUGUGUAAGGAUGUUUUAAUAUUGUAAAAUAUUGAUUUGUAGUCUAUUAAGCAUUAAUAAGAUUUUUGUGGAUAUUCAACUUA